UUAAUCUUAUCUCUAUAAUCUCCUCUAUCCUCAUCAUAUCUUUGUAGGAUCUAAUUUCAAUUUAAGCUAUUCAUUCAUUUUGUGACAGUAAUAAUAAUGGCUGCAGAACAUGUUCUGAGGUUGCUAGAUUCAUUCUGGUUUGAGGCUUCAAUUCUCUCCAGCAAAAUCCCUCCAACAAAUCCUAUCUCUCAUAAUCACAAGGUGGUGGAGGAAGUGCUUCCUCUUGAUGAUGCAAAGCUUCUACUAGUUCCAACUCCAACCCUUGAAGUUAGGUCCUAUAGUGACCAAAACUUGGACUCCACAACAUGUGUUUUGUGUGAUUAUUCCCCAUCACCAAAUUCUGUGCUCACCCCACAAAGGCUUAGGACAAUCCCUUCUGAGAGGGAAAUCAGAGAAUUCUCUAGUGGAAAUCAUGGAAAAGAAGGUAUGAGCAAUAAGAGAAAACAAAAAGGCUUUGGUCAUGGAAGAAGGCCUAGGCAAGUGAGAACCAGCAGGAGCCUCUCAGAGCUUGAGUUUAAGGAGCUAAAAGGGUUUAUGGAUUUGGGGUUUGUGUUCUCUGAGGAGGACAAGGACUCAAAAUUGGCAUCUUUGAUACCUGGCUUGCAAAGACUGGGAAGAGAAGAUGAUGAAGUGCAGUGUGAUGAUCAAAGUGUGGUUUCUGACAAUAAUAAGCCUUAUUUGUCUGAGGCUUGGGAUGUGUUGGACCAAAGGGAGUUGAGAAAUCCUUUGCUGAAUUGGAGGGUACCAGCUAGGGGUAAUGAGAUUGACAUGAAAGACAACCUUAGGUUCUGGGCUCACACUGUUGCAUCCAUUGUAAGAUAAGAAGGAAAAAAUUUAGAAGCAAAUCUUGAGUACUUUUUGAGUUGACACUGAUUUUGAUCCGAAUUUGAGUUUCACCUCUAUAAUCUAUUUGAUUUUUAAUGCAAA